AUGCCCUUCGGCGACUUCAGCACAAUAUGCGCUCAAGCCUCUAUCCCGCUCUGCGGCCUCGUCGGCCCCGGGACAUCCGUCUCCUCCACCUCCUCCACGGGGAUAAUGGCCACCUGCUACGCGCGCUCCAUCGAACUGGCCAACACCAUCAUCUUCCAGGGGGCCACUGACACCAUGCACAUCCUCGCGCUGGGCAUGACCAUCAUCAUGGUCCUCCACGUGCGCAGCAAAUUCACCGCCGUCGGCCGCAAAGAAAUCACCACCUUCUUUUACAUCUACAUGCUCCUGACCGUCAUCAGCUUGAUCUUGGAUGCCGGCGUGAUUGCACCAGGCAGCGCGAGUAUAUAUCCGUAUUUUGCCGCCAUUCAGAAUGGGUUGAGCAGCGCGCUGUGUACGUGCUUGCUGAUCAAUGGGUUUGUGGGGUUUCAGCUUUAUGAAGAUGGGACGACACUCUCGGUCUGGCUGUUAAGGUUGGCGAGUUUGGGCAUGUUCGUCAUCUCUUUUGCCGUCAGUUUGCUUACGUUCAAGGGCUGGGCGGGACUUGGACCGAUGAAUACCACCGGCUUGUUUGUCGUCUUGUAUCUGGUCAACGGGAUCGAGUUGCUCAUCUACGUGGUCAUGCAGGUAAUUCUCGUUGCGAACACCUUGCAAGAUCGCUGGCCGUUGGGGGAUAUCGCGUUUGGGGUUUGCCUUUUCGUGAUCGGUCAGGUCAUGCUCUACACUUUCAGCCAGAAGAUCUGUGAGAAUGUGCAGCAUUAUCUGGACGGCUUGUUCUUUGCUACGGUCUGCAAUCUGCUGGCCGUUAUGAUGGUUUACAAGUACUGGGAUUCCAUCACAAAAGAAGACCUCGAAUUCUCCGUCGGCACCAAGCAAAACAACUGGGAGGUCAAGGAGAGUCUUCUUCCCUCUUCCUCGUCCGACGCCGCCCUACUACCAGUAGACGAUCCGCGUCGCACCAGCGCCUUCGAACAAUUACCCCCACCUCUUUCCUCUUCAGUGGAUUAUGGCAGUCGCAAUAGCUUUUAUCAACAGCAGCAGCAGCAGGGUAAUAACAGGGCGAGUUUGAGUCAGCAGCGAACAAGUCAGAAUCUGGCGGCGAGUGGGUUGCAUGUUGCGGGUGCAGGUGGGUAUGGGAGGGACAGGGAGAGGGAGAGUUAUAGAGAGAGGGAGCGGGAGCGGGAAGUGAUAUUGAUCCAUCCCACCCCAACCCAUCUCAGCAAACCGCGUCACAACCUCGCACUUGCUCCCUCCCAAGCUCAAGCUCAAAGCUCAACCCCAACCCUAAGCCGCGAAGCAAGGCGACCUGAAGCCAGGCAAGAUGUUUCAGGUACCCCUCCGCCAGAUCAAGAAGUCCAGACUAUCUCCUUCCGCUUCUCUGUCUUACCUGAUCCUACCACCCUAUCCUGCCUCGUAGAUACUCAGUAG